AGUUUCGUGGCUUUAGUAUAAAACAAACUCUAGAACUGUGAACACACAAAACGCUUAGAAAAACUUCAACACUCAAUCACCACUAUCGCCAUGCAAAAGUGGACGAUAUUUUUCUUGUGGAUUGCCUUAGGGGCUGUACCAGGAAAUGUCUUGUCGUUACAAUGCAGCCGAUAUCCAAAGAAUACCUUGACACCCAAGGCACCGGUGGACGAUAAUUUUGCCAUAGCGAUAACGGGCAAUGCCCAGACCUAUCUUUUGGGUCAAACCUAUAAUGUUUCUUUGCAAGCUUACAAUGGCCGGCGUUUCAUAAGUGCCAAAUUGGCACUGGAGAACGAUAACGGCGACUUCGUUGGCGAUUUGGGCCAUCUAGAGGUUAUCGACCCCGUGGAGAGUCGUUUCAGCACCGACUGCAGCAACAUGAUCGAGACAACAAACACAAAUCCCAAGACUCGCUUAGAUAUGGCCUGGACUGCACCAACCGAUAUGGAGUUCGGCUGCGUUCUCAUACGGGCCACUGUCGUGCAACAUCGUGAUGUUUGGUUUAUGGACGAUGGAUCGCUUACGAAGCGUAUUUGCAAAGAGUCAGUGGACGAUUUGGAAAGCCAGAAAAGAGAUGAGGAGAGCAAGGAAUGUUGUGCCUGUGAUGAGGCACGCUAUGAGAUUACUUUUGAGGGAGUCUGGUCACGCAAUCUGCAUCCCAAAGAUUUUCCCGCCAAGGGAUGGCUUACCAGAUUCAGUGACAUUUUGGGUGCUGCACACACCUCGGAUUAUCGCUUUUGGGAUGCUGGUGAAUUGGCCUCUACGGCUAUGCAGGAAUUUGCUCAGCAUGGUUCAUCGCGAGCUCUCGAACACGAAUUUAAUAUAAAUUUCAGGGAGAAAAAAGUUCGCACCAUAUUAAAAGCCAGAGGACCUUCAUUUCCCUAUCUCAAUAAUCCCACAUUGGCUUGGAUACGGGUGGAUCCUCUGCGUCAUCAAUUGUCACUGGCCUCUAAGAUAAUGCCUUCGCCAGAUUGGAUAGUAGGAGUGGCCGGCUUGGAAUUAUGUCUAUCAAAUUGUACUUGGCUAGAAGAGAAGGAAAUCAAACUGUACCCCUGGGAUAUAGGCACUGAUGCGGGACCUUCGUACACGUCUCCAGAUCAACCGCAAUUGCCUCCCGACGUCAUACGCCGCAUGCGUUCGGAUUAUCCAUCGGAUCCCAGAUCUCCAUUCUAUGACCCUACGGGAGCACCUAUGAAACCCAUGGCCAUACUCACUAUAAAACGUCAACGUUUAUACGAAAGGAAAUGCACUGAUGAAGAUUCUAACAAUGGAGAUGAGGUUCCCCGCGAAUGUCAUACUCACCCAUGGUCAGCUUGGACUGAAUGUUCACCCGAAUGUGGAGCAGGGGUGAGGUCGCGUUUUAGAGUCUUCAAGCAACCUGAAGUAGCUGAAAUAUACAAUUGCGAUGAUGUUGUUGAAAGGCGGCAGGUGGAGACCUGCACAGGACCAUGUUCCAGAUCCGAAAAUGCACCCUACACAGCAGAUGAAGAAGAGGGGGAAGAGCAGGAUAGUUUGUUGAAAUCUUUGAGGCCCAUGAUGAAACGUGGCAGAGCAAUGGGCGAUUGCACGGGUCAAUGGUCAGCAUGGUCGUCAUGUAAUGCUACAUGUGGAGCUGGAUUUCGCACCAGAAAACUCAUAUUGGAUGAAAGGGUACAAAGGGGUUGUCAGGACGAGGAUAUGUAUGAGUACAAGAAAUGUUUUGUACCCAACAUUUCAUGCCGCAGAUCAAAUGGACCUCAACUGAUUAGUGAUUUUGGAAACAAUGACGAGGACAAUGAUGAAAAUGCCGAAGACAACGAAGGCGAAGAGGAUAAUGCCCAAGGCAAUGGUGAAUUUGCCAACUUUCCCACUUUUGAAGAUUCAGAUGUAAAUGAACGCGAACCUCAAUAUGGCCGCAAUCCAUAUGGGCGACCUAACAAUCCCUACGAAGAUGAAUUCAACUUUAACGGCGUGGGUGACAUUCAAGCCGAAAAUCUAAGACAAGAACAGCCUUAUGAUGAUUAUUUUGCUCCCUAUCAAAAUCGCUACAAUGCCAGAAAUUUCCACAGCCCAAGGGGACGUGGCACUCAAGAGGUUCUACAAAGACAGCCCAAGAAUGCCAAUCCCAAAAUGUAUCAACGCUAUAUCGACUUUGAUAACCAUGCUGCUACUACAAAUAUACCCACACAUUGCUACCAGCCCUUGUCGAUGGUCCAGUGCUCCGAUAAACGCACUGUGGGCAAUUUUUGGUUCUACAACUUUUGCACGGAUGAAUGUAUGCUCUAUGCCUCCGAUAUAUGUGAUCCCAAUACUAACAAGUAUCCCUCUAUGGAGAAGUGUGAACAACAAUGUGCCAGACCUAUGAGGAAUUUCCCCCACUUCUUGAGACGCAAACAACAAAACUCGCCGCAUUGCCAGGCCAUAUUUCGCAAUCGCGGAUUUAGGGAUUAUUAUGUUUAGUUAAAGGAUUUUCUUUGUUUUCAACAAACCUAUAGAAACUUAUAUAUCCUCAGGCACUGCAAAAGAUUUUCCAAUCAAUUAUUUGCUAAUUACUUAAGAUUAUUAUUUAAUAAAAAUACAAAACAUUUUUAACAUA